AUGUCCUCAGAAGCAGCGCCUAUAUCGGCCGCUCGUUUCGCUUCCGCCCUUUGUGAUCUCCCACUCUCAACCCUCCACCUCAAAGCAGUGGAACUCCGCAAUUCCAUAGCCCACCUCGACUACUCCAAUGAGCAGCUCCUCCCUUUUGCAACCGGCGCCGACGCCUCCACGCACGGCGUCCCAGACCCGGACUGCGCGGAUGCGAUACGGGAGAACGAGGUAGUGAUCGCGCGGCAGACGGAGCGGAUUGCGCUUUUGAGGGCGGAGGUCGAGGGGAGAGGUUGUAGUUGGGCUGAGUUUCAGGAUGCGGAGGGGCUGAAGCCGGAGCGCGAGGGAGAGGGGGGUGGGGAUAGGGAGAGAGCGGUUAAUGGGACGGGAGGGGAGGGGAGGAGUAGUGCGUGGACAGAUGGGACAUUUCAGACUGGACGGAUCGUGAAUGGGGAGGUUGAGAUGGAUGGUGAUGCCGAGAAUGGUACAGGAGCUGGGGAUGGAGACGCAAGUGCUGGGAGAGUGACGAACGGAGUUAAUGGGACGGGCAGUGCUGCUGCUGGUGGGAGGCUAGAUGACGAGGCGCUGCGGAGGGCUAUGGAGGAGAGGAUGGGGGCUCUGGCUGAGGAGGGAGAUGGUGAAGGGGGAAUGCAUCUGUGA